AUGUCCCCCACGACAGCUCUCCAGGUGCGCGUGAAAGAGCUCUCGACUUCCCUAGGACAAAUACAACCCCUAGUGGAUCGAUUGCGCGAUUUCACUGCUUCUAUUGGACAGGGCGAUGAAGCCCGCCUGGAGCUUGGAAGUGAGAUACAUUCCCGCCUGAAGGAAGCGGAGCAAGAGUUAGAGCUGCUGCGUGUGGAGGUUGAAGCGCUGGAAACUGGUUCAGAUAGCAAGCGCAAGACAUCUGCUGCGCAUGGACAUAAGGAGGCUGAUAAGGAGCGGGUUAUUUCUAUGGCAGGACGAUUGGCCGAGGAUCUCAAGAGAACACGAGGUGAAUUUCGAACUGCCCAAUUACAAGCGAAGCGGAAUGCCGAACUCGCCAAGCGGAAGGAGAGAGAGUUGCUGCUGUCGAGAUCGCACUCUUCGGAGAAGAAGCAGCCCACUGAGAAGUUCACUCAGGAUGACCUUGUUUUGAAUGCCUCGAACGACGUGACAUCUGCGCUACGCAGAACCCAUCAACUCAUGCAGGCGGAGCUCUCCCGCAGCCAAUUUGCCCAAUCAACACUUGAACAAUCCACCGCCGCAAUCUCAUCUCUGUCCGAGUCCUAUAGUGGUCUUGACACACUUCUCUCUUCAUCCCGCAGUCUCGCCAACUCUCUUCUCCGCUCUCAAAAGUCCGACACAUGGUAUCUUGAGACUGCUUUCUAUGUUCUCCUUGGGACAAUUGGGUGGCUUCUCUUCCGACGUGUCUUCUACGGGCCUCUUUGGUGGCUUGUAUGGCUGCCUAUGAAGCUCAUUGCUCGAGUUGCGUUUGGAACACUAGGUGCAGCCGGGCUGUCCACUACAGCUGUGCAGUCUGCUUCUCAGUCCCUCUCGGCUGAUGUCUCUACGGCCAUUCAUCAAAUGGCCACGGCCGCUACAACAGGAACCGCGACAGCCAGUAUCACUGCCUGGGAGCAAGAGCCGUCAGCACCAAUCGACAGCAAUCGUGUGAUUGACGAAAUUGGCGACAUGGUUGAGAAAGAGAAACAAACGAGCGUAGAUAUUGACGAUGUCACACCGGAGGAGAGGGCCAGACAAGCAGAGCUUCCCCGGAAUACCAAAAAGAGGAUGUUUGAGGCCGGAAUGGAGGAACCGGCUCGUGCCGCUGCCGCUGCCGCAUCCAGCAGCUCUAAGCUUAAGGCUGGCGACAACAAGGAAGACUCAACUCGACUCCAGCCGUGGGUUGAGAAAUAUCGCCCCAAGACCCUGGAUGAUGUCGCUGCUCAAGACCACACGACUAAAGUCUUGCGACGCACUCUGCAAGCUUCAAACCUCCCCCACAUGCUCUUCUACGGACCCCCCGGUACAGGAAAGACAUCCACAAUCCUCGCCCUCGCCAAAUCCCUCUUCGGGCCCGCCCUUUACCGCUCCCGAAUCCUAGAACUCAACGCCUCCGACGAGCGCGGUAUCGGCAUUGUCCGCGACAAAGUGAAGAAUUUCGCCCGAGCCCAGCUCUCCCAACCAACAGGCCUAGACGCCGCCUACCGCGCACAGUACCCAUGUCCACCAUUCAAGAUCAUCAUCCUCGACGAGGCCGACAGCAUGACGCAAGACGCACAGUCCGCUCUGCGCCGCACAAUGGAGACAUACAGUAGGAUCACGCGGUUCUGUCUUGUUUGCAACUAUGUCACGCGCAUCAUCGAGCCUCUUGCUAGCCGUUGCAGCAAGUUCCGAUUCAAGAUGCUGGAUAAUAGCGCUGCUGGUGAUCGGAUCACACAUAUUGCGGAGCAGGAGGGUUUGCAGCUUGAGGAUGGCGUUGUCGAUACGCUUAUCCGGUGCGGUGAGGGUGAUUUGCGUCGUGCUAUCACGUAUCUGCAGAGUGCGGCGCGCUUGGUCGGUGCUACGAAGCCGCCUGCUGUGAAGGAUGCUGAUGAUGAUGCCGAGAUGAUGGAUGUCGGUAGCAAUUCUAGUGUUAUUACGGUUCGCACUAUUGAAGAAAUUGCCGGUGUGCUGCCGGAGGAUAUUUUGGAUUCUCUUGUGGAGGCUAUGCAGCCCAAGAGUGGUGGGUCAGUCUAUGAGGCUGUCUCGAGGGUGAUUACGGACCUUGUGGCUGAUGGCUGGAGUGCUACGCAGCUUGUUGGACAGUUAUACCGACGUGUAGUGUUCAACGAGGCAAUCCCCGAUAUCCAGAAAAACAAGAUUGUCAUGCUCUUCUCGGAGAUGGACAAGCGGUUGGUUGACGGGUCUGAUGAGCAUCUUUCCAUGUUGGACCUGUCAUUACGCAUUGCUGGAGUCCUGCGUGGAAAUUGA